AUGGCUGCUGAAUUAACAUCCACAAAGUUAAACCCUGAGAGUCAUCUCAUCUUGGACCAACCACUCCUCCGCCUCCCCCAUGAACUUGCUCGAAGAAAUUUCAAGACGGUCCAGCGCGCAGUCGAACGAGAAAAGGACUAUGUACUCCCAGCACUCAGAGAGGCAGCUAAUGCCUCGUUGUCGAACCGACAGACGCCCGACCAAACACUAGCAGCUCUCGACGCCAUGAUCUCACGGAUGCAAGGGUUGAAGCGCAAGAUGGAAAGCUUACAGGAAGAAGAGAAGAAAAUCCAGAAUCAGUCCCGCAAGCGCAUCCAACACCUAGAGACUUUGCAUCAGAUCCCGAGCUUGGUCGAUGUCAAGUAUGACCAAUGGUCACGGGUGCGUUUAGACCGAUUGUUAGUCGACCAUAUGCUCCGGUCGGGGUACUCUGACAGCGCAAAGCAACUGGCUCAAGAGCGUGAUAUUGAAGACAUUGUAGAUUUGACUGUCUUCACCCAGUGCCAACGAGUGGUGGAAAGUUUGCGCCGCGGGGAAACCAAAGAGGCGUUGCAGUGGUGUGGGGAGAACAAAGCUGCCCUAAAGAAGAGCCAUCAUACCCUCGAGUUUGAGCUGCGUCUACAACAGUACAUCGAGAUGGUUCGGACACAAGAUCAAUCAAAGAAACUCGAGGCAAUCCUCCACGCUCGCAAAUAUCUCACCCCUAACCAUGAGUCACAGAAUAGUGAAAUCAUGCAAGCAGCUGGAUUGCUCGUGUUCAACCAGAAUACUAGAGCGGAACCCUACAAGACUUUAUUUUCGCUAGAUCGCUGGAAGUUUCUUGCAGAUCUGUUUGUGAAGACUCAUCAUGAGCUGCUCUCCCUGCCAUCACAACCACUCCUACACAUUGCGCUAUCUGCCGGGCUCUCAGCCCUCAAGACACCUCUAUGCCACUCUGCCUACACAUCCUCUAGCUCCAAUUCCCAGUCUACAAGCACGUCUGUGUGUCCAAUCUGCUCAACCGAGCUGAAUGAACUCGCUCGCAAGAUGCCCUAUGCUCAUCAUUCAAAGAGCUAUGUGGAAGCUGACCCCAUUGUGCUGCCCAACGGCCGUGUCUAUGGGAAAGCAAGGCUGCUAGACAUCAGCAGAAACCUUGGUGCUGUGGAAGCAGGCAAAGUCAAAGACCCCACCACCGGUGAAGUUUUUGAUGAAGAGGAGAUGAAGAAGGUAUACAUCAUGUAA